AUGACCUGGCUAUCAAUGGAACCAAAGGUUGAAAUCACUGCUGCUCUCCUCAAUGACAAGGCAUUUGCCUUUCUUGAGAGGUUUGUGUGUGAAGAAUUCACUGACACCACCCUCCUAUUCAACAUCGAAAUCGAGCUUGCCAUUGCUGGCAUUGCCUUCAAAUUGGAGGAAUGGUUAGACCUGAUCAAGAUCAUCAUAUUGAAUCUUGGGGGCAUGGGGAUAAACACCAUCAAGGCUGCACAGGAGCUCAAACAAGCUAAGGUAGCCCUAGUAGUUCCCUUGUUGGAAGAUGCUGCCACAUGGCAGUUGGUUUUGUGUUGGGCAACUGAUGAUAGCCUUUCCUUUGGCAUAUUCUUGACAGAGAUGGAGAAGUUCAGUGACAGGUACCAGUUUGAUGAGUGGAAGUCCAUCUUUGACCAAGUAUUUGAAGCCUCUUGGGAGGGUACUGCUGUCGAGGUUGUUAAGGCAGCCAUGGCUGAGUGUGGCAUCGUCAAGCCCUCUGGCAAUGUCUCCCAUGUCAUCCUCUCCCCCCAAGCUCCUUCAUUGCAGACUUGUUUUGGAUCCCUUGCUAACCACUCAAUCAGGCAAAAGCUUGUGCAGAUCCCACCACUCUCUAUGCCUAGCAAAGUGUCCAAGAAUGAGCAUGAGGAUGAAGAGGAUGAAGAGGAAGACAAGGAAGACAAACUAGACAACAAAGUGGACUGCCAUCCAAGGGUGACUAAGAUAGCUCCAUUGGGGUGCAUGAAUCUAACUCAACAGCUCAAAAGCCUUUUCCACUGCUAUGGUGGUGAGGGGAGUGCAGAAGGGUCGAGGGCAAAGGUGCAUCAGCAGGGCCCAGUUCAUAAUGUCAAAGAUCAUAUGGAGGUGAAUACAAAUUGGACUCAGCCAAGAGUAUUCAAGGUUGUGCUGCCCUCUGGCAGCCUCAAAAAUGAAAUCACCUAUGUACAGCAUGUCAAAGGUGACUCGGUGUACAUUCUCAUUGUUCCUUGGAAUUUGCCCUACAUCUCUGGUGGUGAGAACUCUGCAGUCCACUGGGAGCUUUUUGACAUGGACCUGGCCUACAAACAUGGCCUGGAGGUAACCCUUACCCUGAGUCUGGAGGGGCAUACUAUUGCCCACUGCCUCUGGUCUCAGUAUCACUGUGGCCUUCUUCAUGGAUAUUUUCGAAGGUGUAAUGUUGAGCCAGUGAACCUGCCUACUCCUGAGCAAAUUGCAUGGUUCAUCGUGUCAGGCAUGGAUCCCACUUUGGUCAUACAUACCUUGACUUGUUUCUCCACUCAAAGGUGGCAGGUAGGGGACCAUGGCAAGAUUCAGGCUGGGGAGUUUGUCAACAAGGUAGCCUAUGUUACAAUGGACAUCCAGGGUGAAUCAGUGAUUGUUUGUUUGGAUAAUCCUACCCUGGAAUUGCCUGCAUCUCUGGAGAUUUCAAUUUAUGACUUCAAAUAUGUCAUUGCUGGCCCUCAUCAUGGCUUUGAGGGCAUGGUACUUAGUGUCAACAUGAUCAAGGACAUGGCUCUAUUGUGUGGCAAUGAUGGACAACAGGAAAGUCAGGGUAUUCAGAUUGAAGAGCACUUCAUAGAGCCAGGGGACACAGUAUGGAUCCUCACUGGACCCUACAGGGGCCUCACAGGCCAAGUGCAAUACUUCUCCUGCAGCCUCAGACAAAUAUGGGUCAUGUGGCACAUUGAAAAGGCAUUCAAUGAUGAAGAUGCCAAGGGGGACAAGGGCAAGUCCAAGGCUCAAGUACCAGAGGUUCCCAGUGAGGACAGUGAUGGCAAUGGGGCUGAUGAUGAAGUGAUCAUUGUCAGCUUGGACAAUGUCCAAGUGACAGCUCGACCAACACUGCAGUUCUCAAAGAAGAAGGGGUGGGAUGUUUUAAAGGCAACCUACAUCAACUUGAUCACCACAACCCUUACACUGGAGUCUGAAGAUGUUCCAUGGAACAUCAUAUUGGAUGUGAAGUAUGAUCAUCUCAGCAUCACUCCACCUCCACCACCAAGCGAAACUCCCUCAGUGGAUCCAGGUCCAAGCAACCCCUGGGUCACCACCCCUGAUGAUAUCAAUGCACAACGUUGCAGUGAGCAGGAGCAACAGAGCAUUGACUAUGGAUGCAUGUCCUGGCUCUUUGACAACAACUUCUGUAACUUCAGCAAUUGGCAUGUCUGCUUGAGAGUCAGGCUUGCCUACAAUCACAGGACCCUGGGCAAGCAAGUGGUUCACACCACCAUUCCAGAUCAUUUCUUUUCAGAGAAGCAUGCUUGUCUCCCACCAACCCAACAAGGACUGGUCAGCACUGCCUAA